AUGUCUUUGCCAUUGACAGAUAGUGAACUUGGUUCUGACCUGCAGUCUCCAUCCAAAGAGACAAAGCCGAAGGUGAUAACGCUGGAGGUGUCUCCCGAGACCAUGGUGCAACCGUCUCGGUACCGCGCAUAUAUCAAUAUCUUAGCUCGGGUCUUUGGAUUGGAAUCUCGAGGGAUUGAACGCGUUGCAGAGAAUGAACGUCAUCCUCCCAGGCCAGACAAUUAUGCGCAGAUAUUAUUGCUGUGGCUGAAUUCCUCUCUGACUGCCAAUAAUAUCAUCGUGGGAUUAUACGGUCCAACACGAUAUAGGCUGGAUUGGAACAAUGCGGCCAUGUGCGCGGUUCUAGGAGUAACCUUUGGGAGUAUGGUCGUGGCCUUUAUGAGUACCUGGGGCCCUAUCAGUGGACACCGCACUCUGAUGGUAACUCGGUAUUUCCUCGGGUACUAUCUCAGCAAGCUUUGUUGCCUCCUGAAUAUCGUCACCAUGCUGGGAUACGGCAUGGUGAACGUCAUCCUCGGAGGCCAGGUUAUCUUCGCAGUUUCCGGAGGCCAUACAGCUGCUCCUGUCGGCAUCGUCGUGGUGGCUGUUCUAACGUGGUUCAUUGCGACCUUUGGUAUGCACCUUUUUCACUUCUAUAUGAGAUACGCAUGGAUUGUGCAACUAUCAGUCCUCUUUAUCAUGGUUGGCUGUGCCGGUCCAAUCUUCAACCUCGUCUACCCUCUCUCCGCGGAUUCCAACAACAACCCAUAUGUGAACUCCGCCUCCAACCGCCUGUCCUUUUUCUCGCUCUGCUUUGCAUCCGCCGUCACCUGGGCCCCUUCCAGCGCCGACUACUUCGUCUACUUACCCGCGUCGACCAACCCAUGGCGCAUGUUUCUAUCCGCCACCACGGGAAUGAGCCUAGCGAUGGUGAUGACCGCCCUUCUAGGCAUUGGUCUCGCAACCGGCAUCACUACAAACAGCGACUGGCUGGAUGCAUCUCUCACAUCCCAAGGGAGUCUUCUUGUGACAUCCCUUGCACCCCUGCAGGACUUCGGGUCCUUCUGUGCCAUUAUCCUCGUCGUCGGAAUGGUCUCCAACAAUAUCCCAGGCACCUACUCUGCAGGACUCAAUCUGCAAAUGCUGGGUCGCUACGGACCCCGAAUCCCUCGUCCCUUGCUAACUACCCUCGAAGUAGUCGUAUACACUGUCUGUGCUGUCGUCGCUCAGAGAUAUCUCCGUGAAAUAAUGGAGAAUUUCCUCCCCCUGAUGAGCUACUGGAUCGUGGUCUGGUUGGUCAUCGUCCUCGAGGAGAUAUGUAUCUUCCGACGAGGUCGGGAAUAUGACUGGUCUGCAGUAGACAAUGUCCAUCAGUUGCCCAUGGGACUCGCUGCGGGGCUUAGUUUCGUGGUUGGUUGUUUAGGUGCUGUCCUGGGAAUGUCUCAAUCGUAUUUUAUCGGUCCUAUUGCGCGGUUCGUCCCUGGGGAUUGCGAUCUUGGGAUGUGGCUUGCGUUUGGCUGGACUGCUUUAGGGUAUCCUGGUCUUCGGUGGAUGGAGUUACGUAUGACUGGACGGUGA